AUAAUAUAGAGACUACGUAACUAGUUUUUAAUUUAUAAUUUUCCUAGCGAUGCACAAAUUUACAUACAAACUUAAAUGAUAAUUUAAAUAACGUAUGAUCAGUAUUGUAGUUAACAACUAUAUUUUACAUAAAAAACAUUGCAAUGGAGUAUUACGUUGGAGUUGAUGUUGGAACAGGAAGUGCUCGAGCUGCGUUAUUCGAUUCUGAUGGGAAACUCAUUAAAUUAUUGACUAAUCCUAUUGAAACUUUCAAUAGCAUUCCAGAUUUUUAUGAACAGUCUUCGGAAGAUAUCUGGCAAGCUGUAAAACGAGUUGUCAAGACAGUUGUCCACGAUACUCCAAAAAACCUAAUAAAAGGAAUAGGAUUUGCUGCAACAUGUUCGCUAGUCCUUUGUGAUGAAAACGGACAACCGGUAACUGCCAGUUCAACUGGCGACGACAACCGUAAUGUUAUCCUUUGGCUGGACCACCGCGCUGAAGCAGAAGCUAAUUUCAUCAACAUGAUGGGCCACGACAUGCUAAAAUACGUUGGAGGAAAAGUAUCGUUAGAAAUGGAGAUCCCGAAGAUCAUGUGGGUAAAGAAAAACCUGCCCAAGACAUGGAAUAGAGCAAAAUUAAUUUUCGACUUGCCGGAUUUUUUGACUUGGAAAGCAACUGGCUGUGAGACGAGAUCAUUAUGCUCGCUAGUGUGUAAAUGGAAUUACCAGGUGAAUCCCGAAGGAGAGAAUGGCUGGUGCGAAGAUUUUUUUAACAAGCUCGGACUUGCGUCUCUUAAAGACGAUAAUUGGAAACGAAUAGGAAGUAAAGUGCAGGCUCCUGGUGAACCAGUAGGUAAAGGUUUAUCAUCAAAAGCAGCGACGGAGCUUGGAUUGAAUGAAGGCACGCCCGUUGGAACUUCAAUAAUAGACGCGCAUGCAGGCGGUCUUGGAAUGAUUGGUUGCUCGGCUCCAGGAGUAUCUGAGAGUUUUACUAGCAGACUUGGGCUCAUUUGUGGGACCUCAACUUGUCAUAUGGCAGUUAGCGAGAAAGCUAUCUUUGUUGGAGGAGUCUGGGGGCCUUAUUACAGUGCAAUUGUACCUUCACUUUGGCUAAAUGAAGGAGGUCAAAGUACUACGGGGAAAUUACUUGAUCAUAUUAUUGAUAAUCAUGCUGCUGCAGCAGAAAUUCGGACCAAAAUUUACGGAAAAAUGCAUGUUCAACAAUAUCUUUUGGAUCUUCUUAAAUCCAUGGCCGAGCAAAAUAAUUAUCCAGAUAUUUCUUUUCUUACAAAAGAUUUACACGUCUGGCCAGACUUUCAUGGCAACCGAUCACCACUGGCUGAUCCAACUUUACUGGGAAUGAUUUCCGGACUAUCUUUGUCUUCCAACGAAGAAGAUCUUGCGCUUCUUUAUCUCUCUACUAUGCAAGCUCUCACAUAUGGUACUAAACACAUUCUAGAAGCUUUAACACAAGCGGGUCAUAAAAUAGAAACGAUUUUAAUAUGCGGUGGUCUUAGUCAGAAUCCAUUAUUCGUUCAAACCCAAGCUGAUGUUCUUGGACUUCCGAUUCUUAUUCCUAAAGAACGAGAAUCUGUUCUGUUAGGUGCUGCUAUUCUGGGCUCUUGUGCCGCAAAAUCAUUCCCGUCUGUCAAUAAAGCCAUCAGAGCUAUGGCGGGCUCUGUUAAUGUUGUUAAACCUAAAGUUGUUUCUUAUCAGUAUCACUUAAGAAAGUACAAAGUUUAUAAAAAAAUGGUUGACGAUCAACGUGAAUACAGAAAAAUAAUGAAUGAAACAAUAUAAGUUGAUAAAUGUUAUUUUAAAAACAUUAAAAUUAUAACUUUAUAACGAUUUACAAAUUUUAUAUUUUUUAAUAAGCAAUGUAUGCGCGUUUUUAUAUAAUUCGUGUGUAAUAAUAAUAUGUGCAGUAACGAUUUAAUAAAAUAAAAUAUUUUAAGUAAAA